UAUUACCUGAUUUAUGGAAGCAGUAAUUAAUGUGUGCAGUUAAAAAGAAAUCAAAAAAGGUUUGUAGAGAUAUUGAUUGUGAAUGGAGCAAAUACAAUUACCACUGACCAACAAGGAAAGAUUGCAUUAGGCCUAAUGUCUGCAGUUAAAAGAAAUCCAGCAAAGUUGGUUGAGAUGUUGAUUGCCGAUGGAGCGAAUAUAAAUGAUACUGAUGAAUACGGAAAGACAGCAUUAAUGUAUGCAAUUGAAGGUAUUAAAACUGAAAGUGUGAAAAUGUGUUUAUCCAAUGGAUCAAAUAUAAAUGCUGCUGACAGAUAUGGGAAGACUGCAUUAAUGUAUGCUAUUGAGGGGAAUAGGACUGUUUGUGUUGAUUUGCUGAUUGUAAACCAUUCUGAUGUAAAUGCUGCAGACAGAGAUGGGAAGACGGCAUUAGUGUAUGCAAUUGAGUGUAAUACUGUUGAAUGUGUGAAGAAGUUGAUUGCCAACGGAGCAGAUGUAAAUGCAGCAGGAAAAUAUGGAAGAACAGUACUAAUGUCUGCAAUUGUGAAUGAUAGAAGUGAGGUGUUGAAGGUACUGAUUGACAGUGGUGCAGAUGUAAACGUCACCAACAACUAUGGAAUGAAUGCAUUGAUGUAUGCAAUUGUGAAAUAUAGAAAUGAUUGCUUCCAUAUGUUGUUUGCCAGUGGAGCAGUUGUAAAUAUGGAUGACAAAUAUGGGAAAACUGUAUUGAUGUAUGCAAUUGAAGAGAAUAACAAAGAAUGUGUGAAAGAAUGCAUUGCAAAUGGAGCUAAUGUAGAUGCUGUUGACAAAUCUGGCAAAACUGCUUUAAUCUAUUCAAUUGAUUGUGUUGACAUUGACUAUAUGCAAAUGUUGAUCAAUAAUGGCGCAGAUUUGAAUACUUGUGACAACAGUGGGAAGAGUGCAUUAAGUUAUGCAAUUGAAAGGAAUAAAACUGAGUAUUUGGAAAUGCUUAUUGACAAAGGGGCAGAUUUAUGUGCUGCUAACAAAAGUUUGGUUCAUUCAAAACACUGCAACAAAAUUAUUAUGUUUUGUGUAGAUAUCACCUUUGGUGUUGAAGACCCCAACCACCAACGUCUCAAUGCUAUAUUUAAAGAACAUCGUAUUAACAUUAAAAGACAACUUGAUUUAAUUAAUCUUAUUCAAAGUAGGAAAUUGUGCCUCAAAUAUCAGGCCAGGAUGUGUGUGUUUGAAAGCAAAGGAAUGGAUUGUGAUGCAUAUGUGAAAACUGUUUCGACAUUGAUAAAAGGAGGGCAUUUACCUGAAGGAUUGAACAACUUCAUGAUGUUUAAAAAUGAAGUAUCUGAGAUGAUGCUACUUUUCAAAGAUGCAAAUCACAUGUGAUAUUUGCAGGAUUAUGCAAUACAUAUGUUAUGAAUACAGCUUUACGUACCUGGCCUUGAUGAUGGAUAACAGGAUAGAUACACAAAUAUCCAUCCCACAAGUAGAUACACUAUAUAUUUUCACACUUUAUGUACCAAUAACCUCAGUGUUUUAGGUUUGGGUGCAGUGUGUUAAUUUGUUAAACGUGCAUGAUUUUUACUACCUAAUUAGUGACGAAAUGUAACUGUAACUGCCCCAUCCAUAGUGUAAACAGGUAAAUAGUUCUGGAAGCGUUAAAAAUGUUAGCAAGUACCUCAAAUCUGUAAAGUUGGAAGACCUUUGCCUAUGCAUUAUGUUCCCAGGUCCAUUUCAUGGAAAUGGUGGUAGUGUAUGGUGAUGGCGUAUAUGGUGAUAGUGUAUGGUAAUAGUGUAUAUGGUGAUAGUUUUUAUGGUGAUAGUGUAUAUG